CUUUGACAGUCACUACCUAGGCACAAGCUUGCAGACAGGAAAAUCAAACAUUUUACCCCCAAAGGAUUUAAUAUCCAGUGAAAACGAGGAGGCAGCAAGUUUAUAACGCAUCUAUAAACCAGUCUCAGUGGGAGUGAACACAGAGCUGUACACAGGUCGCUUUUGACAGUUAACACUUGCCAAAAUGUGGAAAAGAGGGAAGAGCACGGGGACCACUGCAAACAGACAAUGUUUCUCCCUUGUUCAUCAAUAUAUUCAGCGUUUUAAUGAGGUGUCUGGAAACAAGACAGCUGCUAUUCGGAAGAGAUCUAAGACCUCUGGAGUGAUAAUCACGCAGUAUUUAGUAAACAUGCCAGAGGGAAAAAGCACCCCUGAUUUCCAGUGUAAACCAGUGGCAGUAACUAUUGAGAAAGGAAAAUUAGCUGUUUUCAAGGCUGUGGUGACAGGGGAUCCAAAACCAGAUGUGUCAUGGAGAAGAGCUAAGGGAACUCUUUCAGAUAAGGAAAAAUUUCAGACUAAAUAUGAUGAAUCAACUGAAGAGCAUAUAUUAGAGAUUCACAAAGUGUCUGUUGCAGAAACAGAUACAUACAAAUGCUUUGCUGCAAACGAAUAUGGAAAAGCUGUCUGCACAACAACAUUAACUGUGACUGAGGCUUCAACAAAUCCAGCAGAUUUCAGAAAACUGCUGAAGAAGAGUAAAGUAGCAGCAGAUGGAGAAUCUGAUGAAAUGUUCUGGGAUGCUAUGUUAAAAGCUGACAGGAACGACUAUGAGCGCAUCUGUUCAGAAUUUGGUGUUAAAGACUUACAUUUGAUUCUCAAGAAACUGGACGAAAAGAAGAAGGAGAGAUCACAAAAUAAGAGGAAGCAGGAUGAUAUAAUUCCCUAUGAUGAAAAUGAAACAGAGAAACACAGUCUAAAGAGUGUUGGAAGGACAACGAAUUUCUCUGUUGAUGGCCUGAUGCAAAAGGACACAGAGCUUUGUAAGGGGGAUAUUCAAGAGGCCAACCUUCGAAAUGCCUGGCUGCCUCAAAUGGAUCCUGAAAAGUUCAUACUCCCUGCAGAGUUUAAAUUUUCCAAAGUCGACUUUGUGAUCAAAAUUCAAGAGAUUAAAGCUGAAGAAAGGGAGGAUGCUUUGUUUGAGUGUGUCCUGACACACCCGCUACCUAACAUCACAUGGACGGGCAAAGGCAACAUCCUGGAGGAUGGAGAAAAAUAUAAUUUAACUAUGUCAGACCACAAACUCAUCCAUAGGCUCCUCAUCAAGGACUGCCAGAUGCUGGACAAAGGCAUCUAUUCCGCUGUGGUUGGCAAUAUAUCCUGCAAUGCCUGGUUGAUUGUGGAAGCUGACAGUAAUCCUGCACCUGGUGGUGAGAGGAGACCCCGUAAAACUACUGUGGCUCGUGGAGCACCGACUGACAUUGAGAAAGUGGCCCAAGAGCAGCAACUAAAAAUACAAGGGGAGAUGGAAAAGCUGUUGGCAGCAGUAAAUGCAAAAUACGGAGCAGGACAUAUAACCGACAAACUAUCUUUAGAAGAACUGACAUUAGAAGAACUGACUUUAAUCUUAAGCACAGGUGGAAAACACAGUCAAGUUACUGGACAAGAUCCAAAAGAACUAACAAGUGAAAACGAAUCAAGUGGCUAUGAUGAGGAUGAAGACGCUACUGACCAGGACAAGCACACAAUUUCUCCAAAGCAAGACCAAAAGCCAAAGGAUGCACUCGAUGGUGAAAGUGCACGUCUGAAAGACGACAUUAGGUGUGACGAGACUGAGGAUGAGACUGAAUCUUCAACACAUAUGAGGCGUAAAAGAUACGCCCCUCCGAUCGAAGAUUUGGUGGUUGAUCCAGGGGUUCAGUUCAUCUGUGGUUUGACUGAUGUCAGUGCGAUCAUCAAUGAGAUCGCUGAGUUAACAUGUAAGCUUAGCAGUGAAGACUGUGAAGGAGUCUGGUUCAGAGAUGGCAAACAGAUAUUCCAAGAUGAAAGUUUCUCCAUAACUAAAGAUGGGCCAAUUCAUAAAUUGGUCAUAAGCAAGUGCACGGAAGAGCACUCUGGAAAAUACCGUUUUGAGGCAGAUGGCCGUAAAACAGAGGCAAUAAUAAAUGUCAAAGAUCCUCCCAGGUUUGACCUUGAAGACCUCAGUGCUUUUACUGAGCCAAAGACAGUUAAAGUGGGGCACAAUGCCAUCUUCAAAUUGCAUUUUCUUGGACACAAACCCAUAAAGAUUCAGUGGUUCAGAGAAGGAGAAGAGCUCCAAGAUGACAACAAUACAAGGAUAGAAAAAUCUGCAAGCCACAGCCGGUUGCUUCUGAGCAGAUGCCAGAGGAAGGACAUGGGAGAGAUCAAGAUCAAGCUAAAAAAUGAACACGGCUUCACUGAGGCACUCUCACAGCUUAUUGUGCUUGACAAACCAACCCCACCUCUGGGUCCUGCAGAGGUAACAGAGAGCUCAGCUACAUGUAUUGAAUUUAGAUGGCGCCCUCCAAAGGAUGAUGGUGGCUCCCCAGUGAUUAACUACAUAAUGGAGCGUCAGCAAGUGGGGCGAAACACCUGGAAGAAAAUAGGGGAAAUACCAGGUGUGUCCAGUUACCGAGACACAGGCGUAGAGCGAGGGCGGAAAUACUGUUACCGCAUCCGAGCAGUGACUGCAGAAGGCACAAGCGAAGUUAUGGAAACUGAGGAAAUGCAAGCUGGCACACUUGCCUUCCCUGGCCCUCCAGCACCUCCAAAAGUGGUCAGCGCUUUUGAUGACUGUAUAAAUCUUUCAUGGGCUCCUCCAAGUAACACGGGAGGUUCACGUAUCUUGGGCUAUAUUUUGGAGAAACGAAAGAAGGGAAGUAAUCUCUGGUCUGUUGUCAAUGCCAAUGAUGAGCUCAUAAAAGAAAAGAAAUAUGCAGUGAAGGAUGUUGUUGCGGGUAUGGAAUAUGAAUUCAGAGUUACUGCCAUAAAUCUCUCUGGAGCAGGCGAAUUUAGCAGCCCUUCAGAUUUUGUUUUUGCACGAGAUCCUAAGAAGCCUCCUGGUAAAGUUACAGGCCUUAAGGUGACAGAAACCUCCUACAACCACUUGGUCCUAACUUGGACAAAACCAGAAGACAAACCAGGCAUACAGGAUGAAGCAAGAGGGUAUUUUGUUGAGAUUCGGCGAGCAGAUUGCAUCGAAUGGUCCCGCUGUAAUAGCACCCCCAUCAUUAUGACUUCCUUCAGUGUGAAAGGCCUGAAAUCCAUGGACAUGUACUGGGUAAGAGUGAUUGCCAUUAAUGAUGGAGGAGAGAGUGAGCCCGAGGAGCUGCCCAACUAUGUACUGGCAAUGCCCUCACCAGAUGAUCCAAAACCGCCUGGACCAGUAGAACUGGAAGAAAAUGUGUCUGGUACUGUGACAGUAAUCUGGGAACCUUCUCCUGACGAGAAGCGUGAUGACCGUCUCCACUACACCGUGUCCAAACUGGACUGUACCAAGCGUUCGUGGGUCACAGUGGCUGACAGGCUCUUCAAUAACAAGUUCACAGUCUGCAAUAUCAUGCAUGGAAGGGAAUAUCAUUUCCGGGUCUAUGCCAAAAACGACAUGGGCAUAUCUGCACCCUCUGAGUCACCAACCUGGGGGGUGGAGAAGAAGAAAGAAAAGUUUCUAGUAAGUGUACCAACCAUGAAGGACUGUGAUUUGCGGUGUGCCCCAUCCUUCAUUGUUCCACUGAAGCUGCACACUGCACCCAAAGGUUAUGAAUGCUAUAUGAGCUGUGCAGUGAAAGGAAACCCCAAACCUCGCAUAACAUGGUAUCGAAAUCACAUCAGUCUAAACACUAAUACCAACUAUUACAUCUCCAACACCUGUGGAGUUUGCACCAUGUUAAUCCUCCGCGUGGGUCCCAAAGACAUGGGAGAGUACAGCGUCAUUGCAGAGAACAGCUUGGGACGAGACGAAUGCUCCACCAUCCUUAAUGUCAGAGGUGAGAAGAAAAUAUACUGGCUGUAUUUACAGUGA